AUGGCCUCUGCUCUUCCGAGAUCCCUCACAGGCCUCGCUCGUUCAUCGGUGCGGGCGCUCCACAGCACUGCUUCGAUAGCUGCAGCUUCCACCUCGACCCUCUCGCCCGUCGCCGCUGCCCACAUGCGUCCCGUCAACGGCUUUGUCGGCGCUAUCGGCAACACGCCGUUGAUCCGCCUCAACAAGAUCAGCGAAGAGACAGGAUGCGAGGUGCUCGGUAAGGCCGAGUUCAUGGAGCCGGGCGGAAGUGUGAAGGACCGUGCUGCUCUUUUUGUUGUCAAGGAUGCUGAGGAGCGCGGACUCAUCAAGCCGGGGGGUACCGUCGUCGAGGGCACUGCGGGCAACACGGGUAUUGGUCUGGCUCACGUCUGCCGCAGCAAGGGCUACAAGUGUGUCAUCUACAUGCCCAACACACAGUCUCAGGAGAAGAUUGAUCUGUUGCGCAUGCUCGGUGCUGAAGUCUACCCCGUGCCCGCUGUUGCGUUCGACAACCCGGACAACUACAACCACCAGGCCAAGCGUCACGCUGACCGACUCGACAAUGCUGUGUGGACCAACCAGUUCGACAACACGGCCAACCGACGUGCCCACAUCGAGACCACGGGUCCUGAAAUCUGGGAUCAAACCGACGGAAAGCUCGACGGCUUCAUCUGCGCCACGGGCACCGGAGGCACCCUGGCGGGUAUCACUAGCUACCUGAAGGAAAAGAGCAACGGCAAAGUGCAGUGCUGGCUCGCCGACCCACCCGGAUCCGUGCUACACUCGUACAUCCAGACCAAGGGCAAGCUCAUGGACCGCGAGGGCGGCUCCAUCACCGAAGGCAUCGGCCAGGGCCGUGUCACCGAGAACCUCAAGCCGGAUGUUGAGAAGCUCGACAACUCGGUCCACAUCCCGGACGAGGAGAGCAUCUCGAUGGUCUACGACCUGCUCCACGAGGAGGGCAUCUACGUCGGUGCCUCGUCUGCGCUUAACGUGGUCGCUGCCAAGAAGAUGGCGCAGCAGCUCGGCCCCAACAAGACGAUCGUCACCAUCCUUUGCGACGGUGCGUACCGCUACCAGGCCAGACUGUUCUCGCGCAAGUGGCUCGAGUCCAAGAAGCUCGACACGGCUAUUCCGGAGCACCUGCAGAAGUACAUUGUUCUCCCAUGA